GAAUCCAUUUACUUGAAAAAACCACAGAUCUAAGACCUCAGCUCCAUUUUCACAGCAUUUUUCGUAACAGAUCCCGAUAGAAUUAUCUAAUUUCAAUUUAUUUUUUCUCUUUUGUGAUUUUUCUAACUAGGGUGAGGGGAAUUCUUGCGUUUGUGGACGAUGCCUCCUAAUAAAAAAAUUCAUCAAAAAAAGAAGAAGAAGAAGCUAGUAAUCACGGACAAUCAAACUCCCAUUUCAUCAGAAGAAAUCAGAAAUUGGGCUGAAUUGCCUCCAGAUGUUCUCUCUCUUAUAUUUCUCAAAUUAGGCGCAAUUGACAUCUUACUUAGGGCUCAGCCAGUAUGUUCAACCUGGAGAAAAGCAUCCAAAGAACCUUCGCUGUUUCGUUCAAUAGAUACGAGGAAUACUUGGGAUUCGUUCAAGGUGAGCUUGUAUGAUACGAGGAUUGGAUGGGCUUUGUUUCAGAAUAACAUGUAUGAUAUUGAAACGCUGGUGAAGAAAGCUGUGGAUAGGAGCUGUGGCCAGUUGGUUGAGUUCUCUUUGGAACGCUUUUGUAGCGAUGAGCUUUUAGCUUAUAUUGCUGAUCAGUCUGGUUCCUUACGAUGUCUUCGGCUUGUAUCUUGCUAUCAAGUUGGCGAUGAUGCAUUGAUUAAUGUGGCCAAGAAAGCUGUCCUGCUGGAGGAACUUGAAAUAUGCCACUGUUCGUUCUCUGGGGAUGUGCCUGAUAUGCUUGAAACAAUUGGGAAAUUAUGCUGGCAGCUAAAAUCAUUCCGGCUCAACUGUCGAGGCUACAGGCUGCCACACAGAGAUUGUGAUGAUGAGGCACUAGUCAUUGCAGCAAACAUGCCUCAGCUGCAUCAUAUUCAUCUUUUCGGGAAUAAAUUGACCAAUGUGGGGUUGGGGGCCAUUCCCAAUGGCUGCCUGCAUCUUGAAUCUCUUGACCUCCGUCAAUGCUUCAACCUUAAUCUAGAAGGGGUUCUACUGAAAAGCUGCAAAGAGAGGCUUAUAAAACUAAGGCUCCCAAAUGACCCCACAGAGGACUAUGAGUUUAAUGCUGUAAAUGUGGAUGGUGAUGAUGAUUACGAAUCAUUUUAUCGCUACAGAGUCGUAGAUUUAGGUGAUGGGAAUUACUGCGGCUUCGAUUAGUUCCGAAGAGUAUCAAAUACUAUCUUUUGAGUUUUAAUCAAUGACCGAGUCCAUUGUUGUCCUCUGAAUGUGAUAAUCUUUGGAUAAAUCAGAAGUCGUAGCAGCCGAAUCAAAUUGAGUAUGCUCUAAAAAUCAGUGGCGGGAUGUUCUGGGCUAAGUAAGUGGGCUGAGUAUUGUUCUUAAACCGCGUCAAAUUAAGGAGGAGGUGAAGUUUGGAUUUUAAGUUCUUAAACAAGGAAACGACGUGUUUCCUACUUCCAGACUCCAGUGUGAAAGUCAGAUAGCUACGAAAGCUAUAUAAACAGGAGCAAACGCAUAUAAGAGGGGGAGGCCAAAGAAUGAGAGCUAGGGGUUUCGUAUUGGUCAUUUUUCCUUUUCUCUUUAACAUUUUCUUAGGUUUUAGCAUGCCUAUGGAUUGCUUGUUUUCUUGUCAGGGUGACAGAUGAAAAUGCAGACCUUAACUCAUAUUCAUAUUGGAAAAGUCUAUA